CACAAUCUCACCUCUGCGAAAUAUCCUUGUUCGAACAGCCGAAUCAGCCUUGUUCGACCUGCCGCCUCUCGCCAUCCGCUCCUCACCAGCAGCCCCCUCAGCCUCUCGCAAUCGCAAUCACACACACAUAGAAAUGCGGUCAAUAAGUCGUGCUUUCGCCCUUCUCCUCCUCUCAUAUCUCGUUGCCGUCGUCGCGGCCGUCUCAGACGCUCCAUCGUGCUUCCAGCCAUGCAUAGAUAACACAAAGAUCAUAUCACCGUGCAGUCUAGACGACACCGAGUGCUACUGCCGAGACGAGUCAUAUCAGUCUGCUCUUUACGGCUGCUUAUAUUCACAGUGCACGUCGAAGGAGCUGCUGUUUGCUCAGAACAUGGCGACCUCACAGUGCGUCAAGUUCAACGUCCAGCCAGGCGCCAACCCUCACAUCGCAAAGAGAUUUGACGUGCGCAACUACCGACGAGAUGGAUACUCUUCCGGCAUGUCUCUAUCAUCCACCCGACUGUCGUCAUCGCGUCUGUCAUCGUCAAGAUUCAGCUCGUAUGGCUACAGUUCGAGCAUGCCUUAUGGAUUCUCGUCGGCUGUUCCAGUCAGCUCUGCCGUGUUCCAUGCUGAGGCGCCCGCACACUCAAAGCACAUUGUCAAGCGGAUGGAGGUUCUGGGCAUGAACGACUGCGGUCAGUCGUGCUUCUACUCCAAGCUGCUAGUAGCCGGUUGCGAUCCUACCGACCUGAGCUGUGUCUGCUCGGCGGCUUACUUCAACGCUGUUACCGACUGCCUGGUCGAUAACUGCUAUGAUCAGAUCCCACUGGCAUUCAAGACCCGACUGGAUCUGUGCGCCGUGAAUCAACCGCUCUACUAAAACUUUUCCUUGUUGAUUGUUUAGUGUGUUUUCGUUUCCUCGCGAGUGUUUUCGUUGUUCAACUAUAUUUUUCGUUGCGUCGUUGUGAGUGUGUGCGUAUGUAAUGUUAUAUCUCGGGUCUUUAUUUACAUCGGGCGACCUGAGUGGUCUCCCAAAAAUGUGGACUUUAUGUGCUUGUGAGAUUCAGACUCUUGAU